AGUCUGGUGCUGACCAAACAUCUGUCAUGAUUUGCAUGGGGAACAUUCAGUGUAGGCCUAAUUGCUCUCACACAAACGAUGAGGCAGCCCCAGGCAUGUCUGACUGUCUACAGUAGGCUAAAUGUUCUUUUUUUUAAGCCUUCAUUCCAUAAGCCCUUAUAGUGUCCACUUAUUUGAGUUGGAGUUAUUCACCUGGCGAUGAAAGGCAGGCUAGGAUUUUAGUGUUCCUUCAAACGAUACAAAUCUGUGAUUUAGCUCUAUGCAAUGACAGGUGAGACUAUGGAACUAUGGAAGUCUGGCUAUGGCUUGGCCUGACUAUGGUGGCAAUGCAGAGAAUUAAAAAAAAGAAACACAUAGCCUACUGUGUCCAACCCACUUUUUAAAAAUCACAUUUAAUGCUACUAUGUUGAUACCACAAACAUCACAGCAUGACCCUCUAUCAGGCAUUGGGUGAGUCUAGCCCAGUCGGGCUACAAUGUAGCAGUAUAGAGCAACUAAUCAUAGCUCAGCUACACCGUCUGGUAACCUUUCCCCUACUUCCAGCAUUGGGGCAACACUGCAACACGAUUCUCACGCCUUCGCGUUGUAACAUAUCUCAUUCAAACUGGUCGAGGACGCGAACUAGGAGCAAGACCAGACUCCCGUGAGCCCGACACCAGUCCAAGUGGCAGCUGCAUCUGCGUCUGUCUCUGUGUGUGUGUGUGCGUGCCUGUCUGCCUGCACCAGUGUGUGUGUGUGUAUGAAGGAUGUUGUCUCGGCUCGCUCGCUGUGUCUCCAGCUCUGGAGUCUCCCGGGCGGCUCGGCAGGUGGUGAGGCAUCAUGGGAAACACAGCAGCAGAGUCCCAGCAGCAGUCCCUCCUGCAGCCGCCGUCAUCCUACCCCCCUCCGCCACCACCGCCACCCCCACCGCCAUUUUGUCCUCCAGGGGUCACCAGACGCUGGCCGCCGCCGCGUCCCUACCCGGGGUUGGGGCCACUCCAGUGGGGGUGAGGCACGCGCGCACCCUGGAGCGGGAGCGGCUGCUCCAGGUGGAGUGGGAGGACGGCACCUGCAGCCUGUACCCCUUCACUUGGCUAAGGGACAACUGCCAGUGCCCGCACUGCACCCUGCAGUCAGCCCAGGCCAGGAGCCUGCUGCUCGCAGACCUGGACGUCCACACUGGCAUCGACAGCGUGCAGCUCACAGACAAUAACAAGGUGUCCAUCACAUGGCCUGACCAGCACAGCAGUGAGUUUGAUCCAGAGUGGCUGAAGAAACGCUGCUUCUCUCCAGAGGCCAGGCAAGCCAGGCAAGAGGAGCUCUUCCUCAAUGAGCGCGAGUACUGGGGCUCAGAGCUGCGUAUCCCCACGGCGAGCUUCGAGGAGGUUCUCCAUGACGACAAGGCGGCGCUGGACUGGCUGAUGGCGCUGAGGCGCGUUGGCAUGGUGUACCUGAAGGGGGCGCCGGUGGAGCAGGGGCAGGUGGCACGCCUCAGCAAGAGGAUCGGCUACCUGAGACUCACCUUCUAUGGACACACGUGGCAAGUGGAGGACAAGCCCCAGGCGAAUAAUGUGGCGUAUACGUCGGGGAAGCUGAGCCUGCACACAGACUACCCGGCCCUGCACAAUCCACCAGGGGUGCAGUUUCUGCACUGCCUGGCGCAGGCUCGUGAGGGUGGGGAGAGCGAGGUGGUGGACGGCUUCCACAUGGCAGAGGUCCUGCGCCGCGACAAUCCCGAGGCCUUCCACGCGCUCUCCUCGCUACGCAUAGACUUCACCGACACCGGCACCGACUACUGCGACUUCGCCGUGCAAUCCAAGAACUUCAUCAUCAAUGUGGACAACGAGGGGAGAGUGGAGCGGAUCAACUACAACAACGCCACCAGGGACUCCGUGCUGGACCUGCCACUGGACAAGGUCCAACUCUUCUACUCCUCCCUCAAGGACUACGUGGAGCUGAUGACGCGGCCAGAGAACGUGGUCACUUACAGGAUGGAGCCAGGUGACCUGGUGACCUUCGAUAACUGGCGUCUGCUGCACGGCCGCAAGGAGUACCAGUCAGAUGCCACCCAGAGACGUCACCUGGAGGGAGCCUACCUGGACUGGGACGAGGUCAUGUCCCGCCUCAGGAUCCUUCGCAAGGCCGUGCACGGAGACAACUAAACCCAACUCCCUCACACACGCCAGUCACUGACAAACACACAUGCACACGCACACACACAGACACAGACACACGCACACACACAGCCUCCCCGGGUAGCCAGUAACUCCAGUGGCCUUCAUCUCGUGACUGCUGACUUCUCCUGUUACUUCUCCGCUCGCGCUCUGCUCUCCCAGCUUCAGUAAAUGCUGCUUCCUCCCCCAUUGAAGCAGGGGAGGCCGACA